AUGCGUUUCGAAAUAGCUGUGGCAGCUAUUGCCCUAUUCUCUGGUGCCGUAGCAGCCUCCCAUGACUACUGCGCCUGCCAGCAAUGGUCCAACGGUCCCGUUGACCACGUUGCGACAGCUAAGGUCGCUGCGAAGCCCUGUUUCGGCUAUGUCUGGGGUCCAUCUGAGCAUCUUGCGGAUUCUACAACACCUUGGUUUGCCCACAGCUCUGGCCCUCGAUACGAUGGGCAUUACCUUCAAAAUAUGAUCAAGAAAUGGAAGAUCGAUGGAGAUCAAUUCCACUCACGGUGUCGCGACGCGGGAGCGAAGGACAGCACGUGUUUCUCGUGCUCAGACCUUCAAGUUAACGGUGAUGGAAAAGUGCAGUGCAACAGAGGUUAG